AUGUCUUAUUAUUCUGAACAUAAAGAAACACCUAGAAGGACAUUGAGAGAAAAAGCUAUUUCGAAGUCAGUCGCUCAAUACAAGGUCGUGACAAGGAUAUUGAGUAUUGGGCAACUUUUCAACUGUCGCGUUACAAGGCGUCUGAAAAUUUUGCUACCAUUAAUCCGAUCCUUGUGGGACUCUCAUGAAGAAUGGACCAAAGGAUACUAA